CCUUGUACCAGCUCAUACACACAUUAUCGACUUGAGAAACGUCUCUUCGAUCAAAAUGGGGGUAGAAAUGAAGCAUAAUACUCUUCCACCGACCGACCCGAAGGACUUUGUAUUUUUGGGUCCUAUUGGCACUGGAUUCCUCGUUGGGUUCUUACCAUUCAUAGUUGUGAGCCUGUACGCGCUAUGUCCGGGCGAAACAUGCAUGAACGUGCAAGAAUUAUUGUUUAAGGAUAUACCUACGUUACAAUGGAGUGAUGUUUACUCGCCGCGAGCAGUGCAGAUCUUUUCCUCGUGGAUGGCGUUUCAGACUGUGCUAUAUAUAGUAUUACCAGGGGACCUCGUAAAGGGUGUCGAACUAAGAGAUGGAUCUCGUUUGGAGUAUCGUAUGAAUGGCUUUCUCGCAUUCUGCAUCAGUCUCAUCGGGUCUAUGGUAGCGCAUCAGAUGGGCAUUAUCAACCUGGCCGAGGCAUACGACGAGUACUUACCAUUGGCUUGCACUGCCAUCGCAUUCUCGUAUCUGCUGAGUACGUAUCUAUACCUCACAUCCUUCAUUGGCAAUCGAAUGCUCGCGGAAGGUGGAGUAUCAGGCAAUCCCUUCUACGACUUUUUCAUGGGUCGCGAGCUGAAUCCUCGAAUUGGCGACUUUGAUCUCAAGGUGUUUUGCGAAUUACGUCCUGGACUUAUCGGCUGGUGUGUACUGGAUCUUGCCAUGGCUGCGAAACAAGUACAGCUGCAUGGAGAGUUAUCCAAUUCGAUGGCGCUUGUCAAUGUAUUUCAGAUAUUCUACGUGCUGGAUAGCUUCUGGUCUGAGGCGGCCCUGCUAACGACCAUGGAUGUGACUGAAGAAGGAUUCGGUUUUAUGCUGGCCUUCGGAGAUUUGGCCUGGGUGCCUUUCACGUACACACUACAGGCAAGGUACUUGGUGAGCCAUCCUCAGUAUCUGUCUGUGGCCGCAGUGGUGGCGAUCGUUGCUUUGAACGCUGCUGGUUAUGCAAUUUUCAGAUUGUCAAAUCGACAGAAGAAUCUGUUCCGGAAUAACCCGGAUGAUCCAGCCGUUGCACACAUCGAAUACAUGAAAACAGAUCGGGGCACUCGGCUGAUGACGUCUGGCUGGUGGGGUAUUGCUCGACACAUCAACUACUUUGGUGAUAUGCUGCAGGGAUUGGCCUGGUGUCUUCCAUGCGGGUUUGGCCACCAAAUCCCCUAUUUCUAUGCUAUAUACUUCACAACACUCCUGAUCCACCGAGACUUGAGGGAUGGGGACAAUUGCCAGAAGAAAUACGGCAAGGACUGGGAUAAGUACUGCUCAUUGGUGAAGUCGCGUAUUAUUCCUUACGUAUACUGAGCCGAUACUUUAUUCUCCGUAUAUGAGUAUAGAGUUGACCGGACUAGUAUUCUAGUCUGCACAAGUUUGGUUGCUGCCCUGGUGAGAUUUGGUGCAGUAUAUUUUAGAGUUGCCCUGCAAUUGGGAGGGAGAUCAACGCAAAUCAUGCGUUCUUACCACUGACCCUAGCAUCCCAUCUGCCAAGAAUAAGGGUAGGAGGAGGCGUAUUAAUCAGGCGGUAUUCUACUACCGACGCGCUUGCUCGUAUCUUUGUGUAUACGAGUCUAAUGUCAAGUGGCGUGAGAAGCGCUGAGGUGUUUAAAAGAAUGAAACGCAUUCUCAAUUCCUGUCUCACCAAUCUCAAUAGUAUCCUUUAUGAGCACAAGCUCCAUCACAAAAUGAAAAGACUUGUUCUGGUCGGACCGAUACUAUUGCUUGAUUAAUAAAUAGAAAACAACUUUCAAA